AUGGCCCCAGAGACCUCCCACAUACUCUGCGGGCACAGUGAUCUCAUCGAAGCUAAUCAGAUUUGUAUUUGGCGGACCCGGGGAGGAGCUGACGAGCUCGUACUCCCCACCGCAGCCCUGGGAGACGUCCCAGUGGUGUUUGGGGGCCCGAUUCGUGGCCCAUUUGCACACUGGCGAGACGUCCAAGACAUUGCAAAUUACCAGUCAGUGGACGUUCGGAAGAGAUGCUGGGUAACUUUCUGUUCCUCGGAAUGGCCCACGUUCAAUGUGGGCUGGCCAAGGGAUGGUACUUUUGACAUCAAUGUUAUCUUACAGAAAAGAAGAACAAGCAGCGCCAGCCUCUGCUGGUCCUUCUCCGAUGGCCGCACGCCUGAGGGGACGAAGGGACCAGCUGCAUGCAGCGGAUACAACCUCCUCACAGGCAUUCCCUCUUCGCAUGGGAAUGAACGGCCAACUGCAGACCUCUACAACUGGAAACAUAAUAACCCUCCUUUUUCUGAGGACCCCUCUAGGUCGACUGCUCUGAUUGAACCUAUUUUGAUUACCCAUCAGCCUACAUGGGACGACUGCCAACAGCUGCUGCAGGCCCUGCUGACUUCGGAGGAAUGGCAGAGGGUCCUCCUGGAAGCCCGGAAGGAAGUCCGGGGACCUGAUGGCCGCUCCACCCAAUUGCCUAAUGAAAUAGAUUCUGCCUUUCCCCUUGAAUGCCCCUCUUGGGAUUUCACCACGGUGGAAGGUAGGAAUCACCUAGCCCUCUAUCGCCAGUUGCUCAUAGCGGGUCUCCACAGGGCGGCUCGACGCCCAACGAAUUUGGCUCAGGUAAAGCAGGUUAUACAGGGGUCAGAGGAAACUCCCUCUGCGUUCCUUGAGAGGCUCAAAGAGGCUUACCGCAGAUAUACUCCCUAUGACCCUGACGACCCCGGACAGGAGACCAAUAUCUCCAUGUCUUUUAUUUGGCAGUCAGCUCCAGAUAUCAGACGCAAGCUGGAGCGUCUAGAGAACCUCAGGGAAAGCUCACUCAGGGAUCUGCUAAAGGAAGCAGAAAAGAUUUUCAAUAAGAGGGAGACUCAGGAGGAGAGGGAGGACCGCCUAAGAAAAGAAGCUGAGGAGAGGGAAAAGGAAAGGGAAAAAGAGAGGGACCGCAAGAGACAUAAGGAAAUGAGUAAACUUUUGGCCACCGUAGUGUCAGGGCAAAGACAGGAUAGACAGGGGGGAGACAGAAGAGGGCUACCCCUCGACAAGGACCAAUGUGCCUACUGGAAAGAAAAGGGGUCUUGACCCAAAGGCUGGGGCCCUGG